GAACAGCCCUUACCCUUCUUUCUCUGAACCAGACAGUUACCCAAGGGAGCAAGGGCCGACGAAGGUGACAACGAAGGGGCUAGUUUCUCGAGGGUGUGAAUCACGAGUGUGCCUGUAACUAGGGGAGGAGUGACGCGACCUUCUGGUUGACGCUACGGGCUAGGCGGCAGAGAAGGACGAAUGAUGGAAAUUUCAGCAUCAAAUCAAAGAACUUUGAGCGUCCAAUAGUUUUUUUCUGAAAUGCUGGUACUCCCGGGCUCCAAUUGAGAUUUUUGCACGGGUUUUGGCUAGCUACAUUAUCCAGCAACAAAUGGUUGAGAGACUUUUCAGACGCUAUCGAGGUAAAUCUUCUAAAUACUAAAGAUGUGUUCCCUCCGAUUUUUAGUUUUCACCUUGUAGCAAUGUAGGCACUCAAGUGUAUGAAAGGAGGAUGGACUGCGAGACUUAUCAGGCUCUAUACUGGUUUGGUCAAUGUGAAGGCGGAAAUGAUUUUUAAUCUUUGCUGAUAAUUUUUUUAUCUGGUUUUUCAAAUUUGUUGCAUUUUUAGAGUAAAACUUAUUCGUCUAGAGAAAGUUCAACAUCAGCUACACCAACAACCAAGGUUGGUAUUACUUUAAUACUACACAGUAUAUUUUCUUUGUGCAUGUUUACUAUAUACACUAUCACACACUUUCCACCUAAUGCAAAAAAGACUUUCUAGUAUGUUUUUCAAGUAUCUGCAAUUUUUGGCUAGAGUAGUAUGUUUUUAAACUAAUCUUCAAAUGUAUAUUAUUUAGGUCCCAGUAAUUCCUUUAGUUCUCUAUCUACAACUAAAAGAGAAAGAUGAGUAGCUAGGAAUGUCUUUCUUUUAUUGGCUGCAUUUAUAAUUGUACUACAGUCCGUACCAUGAUAUGUGACUUGUGAAUGAUUUGAUUAGUAAACCUUGUUAUGUGCAUCUGCAAGAAACAGAACCUAGCAAUCCACCUGCUAGCUCAACUCCAGCUCCUGCAACAACCUAAGUUUUUUGCUUUGGUAUGUUCUUGCAAUUUCUGUGUCCACAUGUGUAUAUGGUUCUGUGUAUCCUUCAUCAUUUUCAAUAUUUUCACUUUUAAUAUGACUUAUCUACCAUUUUCUCAUUUAGAUUUUUUAUAAUCUUAUAUAACACGUGUAAAUCCUUGCAUGUCAACUCCCGCUCAUGCACCCGUGGCAAUUACUGGGCGAGCUCAACCUUCACGUGAAGAACUUGGGGCAUUUUGUUAUAUCUAUAUAUAAUCGAGAACUUAUGUGUGCAUAUUUAAUCUCUUAGCUUACACCUUAUACAUUUUACAUGGACAAAUCAGAAGAUGUUUAGGGUCAGGCAGCUUCUAGUUUGUCGUGGGCAGCACCCUUGAUGUAGUGGGAAUCUGGGACAUGGACAUUGUUGUUCGACCCCUUCGUGCAGCUUAUAACAACCCUGAGAGGGCUGUUCAAUAUUUAUAUUAUAUCAAGACUCAAUAUAUAAAAUGUGAUUCGUUUCCUCUUUCGUUGAGAAUUACAAUGAAGAUUGAAGUGACAACAUGAUAUCAAGAUGUUGUCGAUUAGAGGAAGAUUUUAGGAUACCUUAGUCAUAAAAACAUUGUGCCCGUCUCCCUUGUCACCCUCAUCGUCGAUCUCACUUCUUACGCCUCUCUCUAUUCGGCCUCCAUUGAACAAAAUACAGAGUACAUGUUUACCGAGAAACCCUAGUAGCUGCGGCGCUGCUCAAAUUUCCCAAAGGAAGAAGAUUGGUGAACAGAGAAGCCGAAUCUGCGCUCACAGAUUCGUUGAUUUCCGAAGUUGCUGGAAAAUUUGUUGUUCCCAAAAAACUAGAAAUCCUCUAAAAUCACUCCAAACAAUCCAAAAUCAUCUCCCAUAUAUUCUUCUGUAUUGUUAUAAAUAAGCUCAAAUCAUCUCCCAACUACCCUUGGUCUGGUGCGGCUAGCAGAACACAGGUCGACGAAAAUGGGAAUUUUUGAACCAUUUAGAGCUAUUGGAUACAUCACGACCAACGUUCCAUUCUCAUUACAGAGACUCGGCACCGAGACAUUUGUCACUGUUAGCAUUGGAAAGGCUUUCCAGAUUUACAACUGCGCUAAGCUCAAUUUGGUUCUUGUCGGCCCUCAAUUACCAAAGAAGAUAAGAGCUCUUGCUUCUUACCGAGACUACACUUUUGCUGCCUAUGGAAAUGAUAUUGCAGUUGUGAAGCGUGCUCAUCAGGUGGCUACUUGGAGCAGGCACACUGCUAAGGUUAACCAUUUGCUACUUUUUGGUGACCACAUAUUAAGUGUUGAUGUUGAAGGAAAUAUCUUCACAUGGAACUUCAAAGGAAUAAGUGAAAACCUUGCUCCCGUUGGACACAUUUCGCUAGGCGAUAAUUUCACGCCAAGCUGCAUAAUGCAUCCAGAUACAUAUUUAAAUAAGGUCAUUGUUGGAAGUCAAGAAGGUACACUGGAACUUUGGAACAUUAGCACAAAUAAAAAACUGUAUGAGUUCACUAGGUGGAAGUCUUCUAUAAAUUGCUGCAUUUCAUCUCCAGCGCUAGACGUUGUUGCUGUGGGUUGUGCUGAUGGAAAAAUUCAUGUUCAUAAUAUUCGUUAUGACAAAGAAGUCGUUACAUUUACUCAUUCUGCCUGGGGUGCUGUUACUUCAUUAUCUUUUAGCACUGACGGGCAACCCCUUUUAGCAUCUGGAGGCUCAUCUGGUGUGAUUACUAUAUGGAAUCUUGAGAAGAGAAGGUUACAGUCUGUAAUCAAGGAGGCCCAUGAUUGCUCUGUAAUCUCUCUUCAUUUUUUCGCUAACGAGCCCGUGCUUCUGAGUUCAUCAUCUGAUAAUUCAAUAAAAAUGUGGAUUUUUGACACAACUGAUGGUGACCCUCGUUUACUGCGUUUCAGAAGUGGUCACAGUGCCCCCCCUUCGUGUAUCAAGUACUAUGCCAAUGGGCGACACAUUCUAUCUGCUGGUCAAGAUCGAGCCUUCCGUCUCUUCUCUGUUGUUCAAGACCAGCAGAGCAGAGAGCUCUCUCAGAAAAAUGUGUCUAAAAGAGCAAAAAAACUCAAGCUGAAGGAGGAGGAUAUAAAAUUAAAGCCUGUUAUUGCAUUUGAUGUUGCUGAAAUUAGGGAACGUGAUUGGUGCAAUGUUGUUACGUGUCACAUGGACACCAUUAAAGCAUAUGUAUGGAGGCUUCAAAAUUUUGUCCUUGGGGAACAUAUCCUUAGUCCGUGCCCGGAAAAUCCAACACCAGUCAAAGCAUGCGCCAUAAGUGCAUGUGGCAAUUUUGCAGUUAUAGGGACAUCAGGUGGUUGGAUCGAGCGAUUUAAUCUUCAAUCUGGAAUCAGUCGUGGCAGUUAUGGCGACACCAUUUUGCAAGGGAAAAAUCAUUAUGCUCAUGAUGGAGAAGUGAUUGGCAUAGCCUGUGAUUCCACAAAUACCCUUAUGAUAAGUGCAGGAUACCACGGGGAUGUGAAAAUAUGGGACUUUAAAGGGAAGGGGUUGAAGUCUAGAUUGGACAUUGACUGCUCUCUAGUAAAGAUUGUUUAUCAUCGAUCCAAUGGUCUUUUAGCGACCGCGGCAGAUGACUUAGUUAUCCGUGUGUUUGAUGCUGUUGCAUUGAGGAUGGUUAGAAAAUUUCAGGGGCAUGCAGAUCGCAUUACAGACAUGUGCUUUAGUGAGGACGGGAAAUGGCUAUUGACAUCUAGCAUGGAUGGGACUCUUAGAAUUUGGGAUGUUAUCCUAGCUAGACAGAUUGAUGCCAUACAAGUUGAUAUCUCUAUAACUGCUUUAUCUCUAUCGCCUAACAUGGAUGUCCUAGCCACCACACAUGUUGAUCAAAACGGUAUCUAUCUAUGGGUCAAUCAGGCCAUGUUCUCCAGCGCUUCUAAUGUUGAAUCUUAUGGAAGUGGGAAAGAAAUUGUGAGUGUGAAGAUGCCAUCAGUUUCAUCAGAAGAAACUAAAGAUAAUGAUGACAAAGCCACUGUAGUAAAGCCUCAAGAGGUUCUUGAUUCUUCUCAAAUUGUUCCUACUUUGGAGCAGCAAAUUCCAGGUCUAGUCACGCUCUCUCUACUGCCAAAGAGUCAGUGGCAAAGUUUGAUCAAUUUAGACAUCAUAAAGGAGCGGAACAAACCGAUUGAGCCUCCAAAGAAACCGGAGAAAGCUCCUUUCUUCUUACCUUCAAUUCCCUCCCUCUCUGGUGAAAUUUUAUUUAAACCCAGUGAAGAAGUUGGGAAUGAGAAGAAUUCACAAGAUGGCGAAAAGGGAGAGAACCGGAGAAAACUGAAUCUUCCUGUCUCUAAGUUCUUGCACGUCCUCCAGUCAUCUGCAGAGAGUCAAAAUUUCGAAGCAUUCACUGAUUAUAUCAAAAGCGUGUCCCCAUCAGCACUGGACAUGGAAAUGCGAGUGCUUCAACUUAUCGACGACGAAGAUCAAGAUAUUGUGAUGGACAGACAAGAACUGUACUUCAUUGAAUUGCUUCUGGAUUACUUCAUACACGAGACCGCGUGCAUGAACAACUUUGAGUUUGUGCAGGCUCUCAUUAGACUGUUUUUGAAGAUUCAUGGUGAAGCAAUCAGGCAGCAGCCGAAGCUGCGGGAAAAGGCUCAGAAGCUUCUAGAAAUCCAGUCGGGCGUUUGGCGGAGAGUGGACAAGUUGUUCCAGAGUAGCAGAUGCAUGGUGGCAUUCCUUAGUAAUUCACAAUUUUGAUGGUCUAGUGUAAGUCUUUCCCUUGGUUCUUAGGUAAUGGUGUGUUUGGAAAUUGAAUUUGUUUCGCUAGAAGGAGCAAGCCAGAGUUCAAACAGAAAAAAAAUCGAAGUAAAUUUAGUGCAUAUUUCACUAAUUUCAGGCUGCAAUGCAACGUGUCUACCCCUCUCGUAUUUCCAACAACUUUGUUAUUCCUUUCCUAAUGAAUUUUUCUUCAUAAA